ACGAAUAAUAUCAUGUUCUCUGCUAGAGUCUGGGGCCAUAGCCCUCGCGUGCGGUCAGCGGACAUGCUGAGGCGUACUUUUGCCUCGGUCGCCGACCUGCCUUCACAUCCUCCAGUAGACGUUGUAGUCAUCGGAGGUGGCCAUGCAGGAUGUGAGGCAUCUGCAGCAGCGGCGCGGACUGGUGCACGAACGACCCUAGUAACGCCGUCAUACGAAAACCUGGGAGUCUGCAGCUGCAACCCAUCCUUUGGUGGCAUUGGCAAAGGAACGAUGAUGCGGGAGAUCGAUGCGCUGGAUGGAGUCGUUGGCCGAAUCACGGACCAAGCUGGAGUACAAUUCAGGGUAUUGAAUAGGAAGAAAGGCCCUGCAGUAUGGGGUCCAAGAGCACAGAUUGAUCGAGCCUUAUACAAGAAGCACAUGCGGGAGGAAAUGCUGAGCUAUCCAGGUCUAUCCGUGAAAGAGGGCAAGGUCGCAGACAUCAUUGUCGACAGAUCUCCGGAAGCUGCAGCAGAAGGAAGGCACGGCAAGAUAACUGGCGUGCGAUUAGAGUCGGGAGAGGUUAUUCACACCCCAAACGUGGUCAUUACAACUGGAACCUUCUUGGGCGGAGAGAUACAUAUUGGCUUGGACGUCUUUCCUUCCGGCCGCAUGGGCGAGGCUGCGACCUUGGGCCUGUCAAAGUCUCUUCGAGACGCAGGCUUCAAGCUAGGCAGACUCAAGACAGGCACGCCGCCGAGACUGGAUAAGAAGACAAUCGAUUUCGCGAAACUUGAGGUACAAACAGGCGACGAACCACCCACGCCCUUCUCAUACCUCAAUGAGCGAGUUGCAGUGGAAGAGCAGCUGAACUGCUGGAGCACGCAUACCAAUCCUGCCGCACACGAGAUCAUCAGAGCCAACCUGGACAAGAGCAUCCACAUUCGCGAGUCAGUCAAAGGUCCCCGAUACUGUCCGUCACUCGAAAGCAAAAUCCUGCGCUUCACUUCAAAGCAGCAACAUCUCAUCUGGCUGGAACCUGAAGGCUUCGACAACGACGUGAUUUAUCCCAACGGUGUCUCAAUGACUGUCCCUGCGGAAGCCCAGGAGGCCAUGCUAAAGCAAGUCGUUGGUCUUGAGAACGUCACAAUGCUACAGCCUGGCUACGGAGUCGAAUAUGACUACGUCGAUCCGCGGAGUCUUCGUUCUACGUUAGAGACCAAGGCUAUAGGAGGUUUGUUCCUAGCAGGUCAGAUCAACGGUACUACUGGAUACGAAGAAGCGGCCGCGCAAGGCAUUCUGGCCGGCAUCAACGCCGGAAAUGCAGCUGUCGGCCGUCCUGCAUUCACCAUGAGUCGAGCGGAUGGCUACAUCGGCGUUAUGAUUGACGACCUCGUGACAAAAGGCGUCAGCGAGCCGUAUCGCAUGUUCACGAGCAGAAGCGAAUAUCGUAUGUCAGCACGAGCUGACAACGCAGACCUGCGUCUCACUGCCAAAGGCCACGAAGCUGGGGUAGUAGGCGACCGGCGAUGGUCAGCAUUCGCUGAUGAGAAGGCACAAAUGGAUUGGCUCCGAGUUCUUCUUGAUGCGAAAAAACUGAGCAGCCAGGCAUGGGUUGAGAACGGAUUUCCUGUACGGACCGACAGCACCAAAAGGAGCGCUUUCGAUCUCUUGCGGCACCCGAAUAUUACAGUCGACUCUCUCAUCGACCUUGUCCCAGACAUUUCAAGAUACUCGCCUCGUAUCCGUAACAGAAUUAAAAUCGAAGGCGUCUAUGCUCCAUACAUUUUGCAGCAAGAACAACAAGCUGCUGCUUUUGCUCGCGAUGAGAGCCUACUGCUUCCGGCAGAUCUCGACUAUCAGGCCAUUCAUGGCUUGAGCUUUGAGGAAAAGAAAAUCCUUGAAGACGUCAAACCUGAAAGUGUUGGCCAAGCACGUCGCGUGGAAGGCGUAACGCCUAAUGGUGCUCUGACAUUACUGGCUUACGUCAAGGGCGCCUGGAGAAGAGAGCAGAGAGGCAAGAUCUUCAAAGAGACGCUUGAAAGUCAGACACCUGGAAACGAGAUCGAAGCUUUAGCAUAA